GCUUCAGUAGAGGACAUCCGGUCACGUGCCGGGAGACGCCGGGCACCGCUUUCCCCCCAGUACGGGAAGAUGACGCCCAAUCGCGGCGGGAACCGAGGAGGACGAAGGAGCCGAUGGCCUCCCGGCGGGGAGACACCGGCGCUGCCGCUUCAGGAGACGCGCGGCGCGGAAGGAGGCCGACGGCGCCUCCUCCCCAAGCCAUACAAGAAGAUGGCGGCGCGGGGCCUCCGCUUCCGGUCCUGCGCAGUGGGCGCGGAGGCAAGAGGCGAGUCCUGGGCGAGGCGAGCGGAAUCGAAACUCGAGGCGCGGGAGGAGCGGCCGUCGCGCUCGCCCCCCUCAGGAGGAGACCGGACGGGGCGCCGCCGCCUCUUCCCCGCCGCCCUCCCGCCCCGCCGGCCAUGAGCUCCCCGCCGCCCGCCUGCAUCAUCGUCCUGGACGAGGACAGCGACCCGUCCCCGCCGCCGCCCUCCGCCUCCGACGCCCCCGCCGGCGAGCCCUCCCCGGGGCCCCUGAACGGCAGCGCCGGCGAAAAGGGGCUCCGCGCCGAGAACCAGCGGCUCUUCCGGGAGUUCGUGGCCUUCUGCUCCAAGCACACCGAGGACCACCCUGAGGUCAUCGCCUACCUGUCUGGCCGGCACCAGAAGACCAGCCCGGAAUACCUGGCCUCCGUGGAGUUCCGCAACGUCCUGAGCCGCUGCUUGACACGGGUGCAAGCCAGGAGAAACAAAAUCUACGUCUACAUUAGAGAACUCUCCACCGUCUUCCGGGCCCAUUCGCAAAGGAGAAGGGCUGCGGCCACCAGCCCCGUCGCCGCCCAGGAUGCCCCCGCCACCGCCCCUGCCUCCCAGACGCCCUCCGAGCCCGCCAAGCCUUGCGUGGGCUCCAAGCGGCAGAUCCGCUACCUGGAGAAGCUGCUGCGGGUUUACGCCAAUGAGAUCCAGCGGCUGCAGGAACAGGAGCUGGACUUGACGGAGUUGGACAGCCAGGAUUCGGCCUACUUGCAGGAGAGCCGCCUCAAGCGCCGGCUGAUGAGCGUCUUCAAGCGCCUCUGCCAGCUAAAGGACUGCAGCAGCCUGACAGGCCGCGUCAUCGAGCAGCGCAUCCGCUUCACCGGCACGCGCUACCCGGAGGUCAACCGGCGCAUCGAGCGGCUCAUCAACCAGCCGGACGCCUUCCCGGACUUUGCCGACAUCCUCAAGGUGGUGCAGGCGGCCAGCGCCCGUCACAGCCUGGGGCUGCCCAAGCACCAGAUGGAGUUCAUGGCCCGCGACGCCUUCCACAACGUGGGCGCCCGGCUGCAAGAGCGGCGUCACCUUGACCUGGUCUACAACUUCGGCAGCCACCUGACCGAUCAGUACCGGCCUAACACUGACCCAGCGCUGGGGGACCUGGAGUUGGCCCGGAGCCUGCAGCGCAACCAGGCGCUGGGCGUGCAGCGCCUGGAGGAGGUGAUUACCCAGUUCGCUCAGCUGCAGGACAAGAACGAGGAGGAGCAGCUGGGGGGGAGGGCCCCCCGGCAGGACAGCGGAGGGGCCCAGCCCAGCAGGGCCGCGGAGGGGGAGCCAGCCUCCCCGAAGGAGUCCGGCUCGGGGGCAGCCGCCAAAGAGGACAGCGCAGGCCCCAAGGAGGCCGGUAAAGGAAAGGGGUCAUGGGAAGAGGAGGAGGAGGAAGAGGAGGAGGAAGAGGAGGAGGAGGAAGACUCCUCGGAGUCAGACCUGGACGCAGAGCUGGCCCACUGCCUGGUUGGCGGAGAGGAGGAGGAAGAGGAGGAGGAGGAGGAGGAAGAAUUGGCAGCGGCAGGUGAGGACCCCCCUGCUGUGGACCUGGAGGAGGAGGACUGCCCUCCCCAGCAUUUGCUUUUGCAGAUCACGGAGGCCGGGCUGCUGGAGGGGGAGGACAGCCCAGCCCCAUCCCCCUGCCCGCUUCCGGAGCCCGCCCGGCCAGCCCCCGGGGCUCCCCUGCCCCCCAAGCGCAGCCACUCGCUGGAGAACGGGGAGCUCAACGGGCAGCCGCCCAGCAAGAGGAGCCGCGGUUGGGGGCAGACCCCGGUUUCCAGCAGCACCAGCACCAGCACUGGGGAGGGCUACAUCCAGGUGCCCAGCUCCUGCUCAGAGGAGGAGGAGGAGGCAGAGGCGUGGCCGCCCCCCCAGAGCCCGGCCCCCCUGGCCGACUCCACCCGCCCGGACUCCCCCGGCCUGGCUCUGGUCUCCAGCAGCCAGGGCAGCCCCCGCCCGGGCCCCCCGCAGCAGCACCAGCCCUUGCCGGAGAAGGAGCAGCUACUCGCCAGGAACAGCGUGGCCACCCAGUGCGACCCGGAGGAGAUCAUCGUCCUCUCCGACUCGGAGUAGCCGCGGCCGGCCGGAGGACUUUCUACGCGGGGGGAGGGAG